AUAUGAUGGAAAGUGGAUUUAUGUAUCCGGAGUAGUAGUAGUGGACUAUUAUUUGUCUAAAUUUUAUACGUUGAUUAUAUAUAUAUAUAUAUUUCCAUUUAUAGAUGAGAUGAGACCCAUUUCAGUAUUUCUGAAUAUGUACUGUUGCUGCCCAAAAAAGGGGUUUCGUUGUUAGAAGAAAACCCAUUUUCUUUUUCUGUUUUCUUUUUCUUUUUUGUUUUCCCGUAAUAAAAGUUAUGAACUAUUACGGUGAAUAUCUCUAAAUUCUCUGUCUCUUCUUUCUUUCUGGGAAGGAAUUAUUAUUAUUAUUUUUUGUUCUCUUCUUAGCUUUAUUUUUGCUUAAGUGGGAAGUGGUGAAAAAAAAAAAAAAAAAAAAACCCUCCUCGAGUCAAAACUUUGUAUGACAUGUGUUGAUGCUGCAGAUACAGUGUUGAAUUCAGCUGGAGAAAGUGGACAAGCAGGUCCUUCUAAUCCCUUCCAUUUAGGAACUCCUUACAAGCCACAAUCCGUCGUCUCUAUCGAAUCUCAGAGUUUGAAGUCUCCAAAGGGUCAACUUUCAAAUCUGGUUUCUGGGGAUACAGAGAACUGGGAAGAGUCCUCCAUGGCUGAUGCCAGUCCUAGGACUGAUAUCUCCACAGAUGUGGAUACAGAUGAUAAGAAUCAGAGGUUUGAUAGAAACCAAUAUGCUAUUCAGGUGGCUUCUGAUUCCAGUGAUAGGUCCAAGGAUAAAUCAGAUCAGAAGACCCUCCGAAGGCUUGCUCAAAAUAGGGAGGCUGCGAGGAAAAGUAGAUUGAGGAAAAAGGCAUAUGUCCAACAGCUGGAGAGUAGUCGUUUGAAGCUUACCCAACUGGAGCAGGAGCUUCAGCGAGCAAGGCAGCAGGGAAUCUUCAUAUCAAGCUCAGGAGACCAAGCCCAUUCAAUGAGUGGAAAUGGGGCCAUGGCAUUUGAUGUAGAAUAUGCUCGUUGGCUGGAGGAGCAAAAUCGACAAAUCAAUGAACUAAGAUCAGCGGUUAAUUCUCAUGCAAGUGAUACAGAACUUCGUAUUAUUGUUGAUGGUAUCUUGGCACACUAUGAAGAAAUUUUUAGGCUCAAGGGUGUAGCAGCAAAGGCUGAUGUUUUCCAUUUGCUAUCUGGCAUGUGGAAAACUCCUGCUGAGAGGUGUUUCUUAUGGCUUGGUGGUUUCCGUUCAUCUGAGCUUCUUAAGCUUCUUGUUAAUCAGUUGGAGCCUCUGACAGAGCAGCAGUUGGUAGGAAUUACAAAUUUGCAGCAAUCAUCCCAACAGGCAGAAGAUGCAUUAUCUCAAGGGAUGGAAGCAUUGCAACAAUCUUUGGCUGAGACAUUAUCAAGUGGAUCGCUUGGUUCCUCUGGUUCCUCGGGAAAUGUUGCAAACUACAUGGGUCAAAUGGCCAUGGCUAUGGGAAAGCUAGGGACCUUAGAAGGGUUUAUUCGCCAGGCUGACAAUUUGCGGCAACAGACACUGCAACAAAUGCAUCGGAUAUUAACAACCCGUCAGUCAGCUCGCGCACUUCUAGCAAUACACGAUUAUUUCUCACGACUACGAGCUCUCAGUUCCCUCUGGCUAGCCCGCCCAAGAGAGUAAGAAAAUGCUUUUGCUGUAAUUUCCAAGCUGAUUGGUAGAGAACUGUGGGAUCCUUGCAAAUGAUCUUUGUUGUGAUAUUGACUUUUCUCAAAGUAGAUGCUGCUGAUACUUGAUCCAUCUUAACCUUUUUUCUUCUACAUUUUUUUUUUAACCUUUUUGUCACUAGUCCACAAAUUCCUGUAUAUCAUUAGUAUUAGUCUUGUAAUGUUCAUUAUAUUUAACUUUCUUUUUUAUGUGAAUCCAGAAAUGGUAUUUGGCAAGAAUCUGCAUGUAUCCUGUUUAUUAUUAUUAAUAAUAGAAUAUCAUUAUCAAUGUAAA